AUGCAAUCAGCAAUGUCUCUUUCUUCAAUAUCAUCUACAACAUCAACUAAUUCAUCAACAUCCUAUGCAUCUCGAACCAUUCUCGAACCAAAAGAUUUAUCUUCAGCUGCACCUCGAUGUCGAUCAUCUAUUAUAGCUUUUCUUGACAAUGAUCAAAAUGUUUUCCCACCCUCACCACUGCCUCCUCCUCCUCCACCACGUCGUCGAUCACAACUUCUAUCAAAUCAUAAAUCCAUGUCGAAAUGUCGUCAUCUUUUUCGUAUUUGUCUUUCUUUACCUACUCAAACAAAACUUUCAAAUUCAUCUAUUCGAAAACAAUAUUUUGCUAAAUUAUGUCAUCAUUAUCGACUUCUUCUUGUUCUUAAUGAUUAUGAAUGUAAAUGUGGUUGUCAUUUUUCAAUGCGACAAGGUACUUUUGUUAUUUUAUAUGAAACAAAAAAUGAACUAUCAAAAUGGAAUAAAAAUAAACUUGUAACAGUUAUAUCAAAUGAAUUAGUAUGUUCAAAAGUUCCAUCUGAAUAUGUAUGUGAUGUUGAAUUGUUACGUGAACGUGUUCGUACGAGAAAUUUUUCUAGUGAUGAUGAACAAAGUUUUGAUUUGUAA